AUGCCGCGCUUCACGCUGCGAGCAGAUUUAUCGCUCCUGGACGCUUUCUCUCACAUGGGCUCGGUUCAGCAGACGCUGCGGCCGCUCCGCGUGCGCACGGCCACGCGCGGCGGCCGCCUCAAGGAGUACUUCGUGUUCCGGCCCGGCACCAUCGAGCAGGCCGUGAGCGACAUCCGCGUCGUGGUGCUGCCCACGCAGGACGGCGACGUGCAGAGCGUCUGGCUGCUCACCGAAAUCGACCAUUGGAACAACGAGAAGGAGCGCCUGGUUCUCAUCACAGAUUGGUCCCUCUUGAUCUGUAAAUAUGACUUCAUUAGCCUGCAGUGCCAGCAYGUGACAAGAAUAUCACUCAAUGCAGUUGACACCAUCUCUGUAGGGGAGUUUGAAUUCCCACCUAAAUCUCUGAAUAAGCGAGAAGGCAUUGGCAUUCGAAUUCAAUGGGACAAGGAAAGUCGUGCCUCCUUCCUGAAUCGCUGGAAUCCGUGGUCCACAAACGUUCCAUACGCCACGUUCACCGAACAUCCAAUGGCAGAUGCUGAUGAGAAGAUUGCGUCCCUCUGCCUACUGGAAAACUUCAAAACUCAACUAAUUCAAGCUGUGAAGAAGGCUCAUAAGGAGUCACCAUUGCCAGGAAGAGCUAAUGGAGUUCUAGUGCUGGAGCGGCCGCUUCUGAUUGAGACUUACCUGGGAUUGAUGUCCUUCAUCAACAACGAAGCAAAACUUGGCUACUCCAUGACAAGAGGCAAAAUUGGAUUUUAAGAUUUGUUGCAUUUAAUGUUUUCAAAGUAAAGCCCUGUCCUGGAGGGAGAGCACAGUGUGGCAGAAUACUCAAUAAUCAAGAUGAAGAUAUGGGAAAAAAAAAAUCAGUUGAUUGCAGACCUAUCACUUCUCAUAAUAAUCGUAUACUUAUGAAGAUUGCUAGAGUGCAUGUCAGAUUAAUCUGAAGUGGACACAAGGCAGCACUGUUCUUGCAUUCUGCAUCUAAUUUGCAGUUCUCACUGGUUCAUAUGCAAGGCUAGUGAACAGUGUCCUCUUCCACUUCUAGCUCUCUGCUCUUCCCUGUUAACUAAGCGUGGCUGGUAUCUGCUACACGUGCUCCACACAAAUAUUCAAGAUCCAGUAGCAUGCUCAUGCCAUAUUACAAUAGCAUCUUGUAAAGAAGCUCAGUUUAUGUGGCAUGUUUGGGAGUGUUUUGURUUAUUCAAGGGGGUAUUAGUGGCUCAAUAUUACAGUAAUCCUAACAUUUUGAUUCCAUAACAAGAAUUUUUAAAGCUGUCAGUCAUUCUUCAAUGAAACAGAGUUGGCAAAUUUGGUUAAAGUCACACUGUUACACAUCUCAAAAACAGCCKACCUGAACUAUUACUUUGUAAACUGAAGUAAAUGGCUACAUAAGUUCAUUAUCUUUUCGUAAUAGGCUUCUCUUCUCAAAAUUGAAUAUAAUUUGCAAGUUUCUCACAGUUUCUUGUUGCAGACAUAAUAACGACACAUCUUAAAACAAUAUAGCCAAAAACCUCACAAACAUUUGCCUUCAGAGAUAUUUAUGCUAGAUUUUUUUAAUAAACGUAAAGAACUCUAUUUUGUUUAGAUUUAUAUUCUUAGCAAAUUUUCUUAAAUCUACUCUAGUUUGGGACAGCAGCAGAAUAGGACCUUCCUAAAGAGGACAGAUAAAGCCUUAUAUAUCAAUCUUGAUUUGCAUAAUCUUGCACUUACCCUUACCCAGACCUUGAGAUUGGAAUCAGUUUCAGAUGCAACAGAGAUGCUACAACCACAAUUACUCACGAGGUUAUU